AUGAACGGUGACUCGGAAAAUUCUCACCAGCAUGGUAGAAAAAAGCGAAGUCCGGAAACCUUGCCGCACCUGGAUAAUGGCACACAUGGAUAUGAUCAUCCAUUCUAUGUGCAUGCCCCACCUACACCCUUUCCAUCUGCGCCAUCUGGUUGGGAAGAGUUUCAUUCCAAGUUGACCACGUUGACCACCGAGGUUAUUAGCAAAGUAUCGUCGGAAGUGCAAAAACAACUUGAAUUGUUUGCGAGUGAAAUUAGAACGAACACGAAUUCUGAUGACACGGGUGGUUCGUCGACAAUUGAAACUGCGAAAGAGAAAGAUGAAAGGGUGAACGAAUCAACAGAAUUUGAAAAGUUGCAAGAUCUGUUCCUUCAAGAAUUACUAAAUUAUCGUCAAGAAAUAUGUUCAACCCAUGAUGAACUACUGUCGCGAUAUGAGAAAUUGCAAACGCAACACCUUGAGCUUCAAGCCGAACUUAAAGCCGGUCAUCGGGAAAAUCAAGGUGAGGUUCAACGGACAAGCUCCAUCCAGCAUCGUCACGCCGAACUUCAGAAUAUGCAUCAAAACUUGCAAGCACAAUAUCAGCAGGAGCUUGGUCAAAUAGACGAAUUGCAAUUGCGCAUUCAACAGUUGCUUUCCGAUAAUGCCAAGAUCCAAGAACGACAACAACAAUUUCAUAAUGACAUAACACUUUCUCAAACUCUUCAACGUCACAUCGAUGAGAUAGACGUCGAUCUCAGAGAGUUACGCGCCAAGAACGCACAGUUAACCUCCGAAAAUAACAAAUUUUCAGACGAAAACAAAGCCUUGAAUUCGUCGAUUAACGAUAUGAGCUUGCGGAUAAAAAAGAAUGAUAGCCUGAUUAGCGAUCUUAAAGAUGAGGUUUUCACAACUAAAGAAAAUUUUCGUGACUUGCAGAAUAAUAAUAGGAUGCUUUACGAAGAAAAUCAGAAAUUACAGCAGAAAAAUGAUGUAUUGUCGUCUUCCGACAACAAUAAUAAAAAGAAUAUUUCAGAUCUUAACCUGAAACUUCGUGAGUCUCAGAUAGAAAUUGAUUCAUUGAAAUUCAAAAUUCACGACCUUGAGCGUAAUAGUGAUGAUUUCAAGAAUAAAGAAAAUAGCUGGCGAUCCCGAUUGCAAGAGGUCGAACGAGAAGCAGGUGAACUUCGUGCUCAGAAAAUUCAACUUGAAGAAAAACGAAAUGAGCUCGAAGCGCAAAAAAACUACCAAAGUCGAGAACUGGAAAAUUUAAACAAGGAAGUUAAACGACUUGCGACGGAAAAUUCCGAUCUUGAUAAGAAAUGUAAAGAAAGUCAUAAGGAUCUUUUGGACACCCGUGUUUCCAUAGAUGUUCUAGAGCAAAGGUUGAAAAUGCGCGAUAAUGAAUCGAACGAACUUGUUCAAAUGCGCAAUCAUGUAAAGGAACUAGAAAAACAAGUCACAGAUCUCGAAAAUAAUUGUUUGAAGAUAAAUGAAUUGGAAAGUCAACUGGAACGAUCAAAAAACCGUAAUCGCGAUUUGGAGACUCAGCUUCAAAAGAGUCUCAUGGAUUUCGAAAGUCAUACUUCUAUGCUUGAACAGAAGCAAAAGGAUCUCGAUUCUAAAAGGCAGCAGGAGAACGAAGCCCAAAAAUCGGAAUCCGCGAGAUUGCUAAAGCUCUGCACUGAUUUGCGACAAGAAAAUGAAGAAUUUCGUCUACGUUCUCAGGAGUUGGAUGCUACUAAAAUGGAGUUGCAGCGACUUCAGGAAGUGAGUAACAACAGUAUGCAUAACAACGAAUUAGAAUUGAAACAGGCACGUGCGGAUAUAAUAGAAUUAAGGAGUCGCCUACAUGACUUAGAAGUUGAAAAGGACAGGUUGAUUAAGGAAAAUGGCAUUCUGCGAAAUAGUGCGGUUGUCGCAAAUAAUACAUAUGUGUCUCAUGCGGAUACGCCUAAUAAAGAACUCGAGGAACAUUCAACUUACGAACAAUACCCUCAACAGGUAUUCGGUCAACAUCACGCGGGGCAUAACUUUAUGCCCAGUCUACAGCCGCACCUAGCUGCUACGACCAAUAGUGUUCGUUUUCCCCCAGUGCAACAGGCGCAUACUCAAUCUACUCAUCAACUAACCGCCCUUGUUCCAUCAUCACCGACGACAACAACGCAGGGUCAACCUAUUUUAGACCAACACACACAUGGAAUGCCACAUCCAUAUCAGACCCCGAUUAACCCAUAUAAAACGCAAAGUUCAACACCUCGAGUCAAGCUGCCCCAACCGAGCAACCAAACGUCACAGGAAACGCAAAGUUCAAAUCAACAACGGGAGCAUCAUCAAGUUAAGGUUCAGCCUCCGCAAAUAUCGCUACUACCACAGAUGCCACCUCAAUCCAGAGGUCCAGCCCAACCGCAAAUUCAAUCACAAAUGCCGUCCCAACAAAUUCUACCCCAAUUGCAAGAGGUUCUACCCCAACCGCCGUCUUCCCAAUCACAAAUUCCACCCCAAUCGCAAAUGCCACCCGAUGCGAAACAUGAAAAGAAUCAAGAUCCAUCGCGAAAUCAAUCGCGUAAUCAAUCGCAAUUGAAUUCCAAACAAGACAAGGGUCAUAGCCGAAACAACUCGUUAAGUGCGAAUGGCAAGAAACACAAGAAAAAUGCUGGCAACAAGCGGAACAAAAGCGAAAGUCGUGGUCAAAAUCCACCGCAGACUUCUUGGAAUAAUGGAGAACUACACGACACUACUUGGUGGGAAUAG